AUGUUGCUUGAUUCGAAGAAUGUCGGCCAAACGGCCAUUGCCCUCCUGGCACUAGGUAGCCCUACAGCUGCUACUUCAUUGUCUACGGUUGAAUACUCAACCGGCACUCCUCCUUGUGAUGCGAUCAUUCAAGCUGGCCUCGGUCACAGACUUCUUUUCGCUACCGAUCCACAGUACGAACCUCGAAUUGAAAGCUACUGGGCAUUAAACCCACGAAGACGUCCUUAUUGCCUUGCCCAGCCUCAUACCCCACAAGAAGUAUCGACUAUCAUGACUGCACUGCUGGAAGUUGAGUCUGCCGGUGACUGGUCUAUUGCAGUUCGUGCAGGUGGCCACAACAUUGGACACACCAACAACAUUGACACCGGAGUGACAAUUGACCUCGAAUACCUGAACCAAACCACAUAUUCUAUCGACACAAACGUUGCUAGCGUCAGCCCCGGCAGCCAUUGGCAAGAUGUUUAUGCAGAAUUACACAAGCACGGUGUUGUGGUCACCGGAGGCCGCGAUGGUGACGUCGGAGUUGGCGGGUUUCUGCUUGGUGGUGGUUCUACUUAUUACAUGGCGCAAACGGGUUUCGGCUGUGAUUCCAUCGUAAACUACGAGGUGGUGCUGAUCAAUGGCUCUAUCAUCAACGCGAACAGUACUGCGAACUCCGACCUAUGGCGCGCUUUGAAAGGUGGUGGUAGCAACUUUGGUAUCGUCACACGCUACGACAUGGAGGCAUUAGAUGACAAGAAGCUUGCUCAUGGCACGCGAACAAUAGCUGGAAACCAUACCGCACAAUUCCUGAGUGCCGUGGUUGACUUUACCAAUAGUCAACAGAAGUAUAACAACGAUGCUCUGGUUCCGUACUUGUUACACGCUGAAGGGGAAGAUUUCUUGGAAACUAUCGAAGUGAACCUAGAUGGAGAUACCGCAAGUCCAGGGUUCGAGAAAUUUAGACAGAUCCCGUCAAUAACGCCAUUUACUCAAAAUGUUGAGCCCCUCUCUGUGGCGGCUGCCAAUUCCACGGUUUCAGGAAGCUCUUGGUAUGUCUCAGGAGGAACCCUGACUUUUAGAAAUGACGAGAAAAUUCUCAACUAUGCCGCCAAGGUGCACAAGGAGUAUGCCCAAGCAGUAGACAACGCCAUUGGGAAAAAGAGCUACGUCAGUACGAUCUUCCUCCAGCCACUUCCUUCAUUUUUCGCCGAAAUUAGCGAGGAAAAGGGAGGGAACAUGUUCGCGGGGACUAUGAAAGGGCAAAAUUCCGUUCUCUGGACUGCUACUUCGCUCGUGUAUACCAAUCAAUCCGAUCUGGCAGUCGUUGAAAGCCAUAUGAGAGAAAUGACCGCGAAGCUAAAGAGCUAUUCGGUAUCGGUUGAUGGCGAUAACGAUCUGAUUUAUCUAAACUAUGCCGAUUCCUUGCAGGAUCCCCUCGGCAGUUACCCUAAGGAGAACGUUGAACACAUGAAACAAGUUGCUGCAAAGUAUGAUCCGGAAGGAAAAUUCCAGACCCGAUUCCCAGGUGGCUUCAAGAUCUCUCGAGUUGAUGAUGCCUAA